CUUCGCUGUUCUUCUACUACCACCCUAAUACAGUAGAAAAACUCGUCUGCAACUGAAUUUUAGAGGGUUUUUGAAAUUUCCGAUCUCCACCGAUUACAGAAGAAGAGAAGGGUUAGAAUUAGCAACCGGUGAUGAUGAUUCGGUCGGCGUUCAGACUAUCCCGUGCAGCAACCACUGUCGUCAAGACUGCGCAUUCGGGAUUCAACUCUCGCAAGCCAACAAUUUUCGCUCCGUCGGCGGCGGCAUCACGGUCGCUUCACGAGAGAAUCACCAGUCCCAAUGCCAAUCCAGUUACCAUUCAGAUGAUCGACUACGCUCUCUCCGUUCCACGUGCUCAAAAGUCGGAUGAAUCGUAUGGGGAAGCUAUGCUGGUGCUGGAGCAGUGCCUGGCUUCGCAGCCAAGUGGUGGUGAAGAUUUUGUGUCCCAGAACUCCAAGGGAAUGGUCCUACUCGCCAUGGCCAAUCUCUCGUUUGAAAGGGGGAACUUCAACGAGGCAUUGGAGCAUCUACGGAGAACACAUGAGCUACAGAAGGCAUCUUUGGGUGUUAAAGUUGCUGCCUUGGAAGCUCUUGUUGGACUGAGCUUGGAGUUGGGGAAUGAUGAUGCUUCAUCGGUGCUCGCAGAUAAAUGUUCAGCUCUGUUAGUUUUAGACGAGUUAGCCAGUACCGGUGCUGGUUUAGAGGUUGCAGAUGCUCGUGCAAAGGCACUCAAAGGUUUUGUUGAGUCUGUUCGUGGCAAUUUUAAAGCAGCUGAAUCACACUUUGGAGGAUUACUGGGAAAUGAUGACUGUGUUGGGUCUGCUGCUUUGUCAUAUGGAGAAUUCUUGCACGCCACACGAAAUUUCACAUUGGCAAAGGAAUUCUAUCAGAAGGUUACUGAAGGAGAGGCUUAUAACAAAGAGUUCAAUGACAGCAAUGCAUUAACAGCUUGCAACAUGGCUUCAGAUCAAGUUCAGAUAGCAGCCACUUGUGCCCUGGGACAGCUUGAAGCACACAUGGGGAAAUUUGAUGAUGCGGAAGAAACAUUAACCAAGGCACUGAACAGGGCUGAGUUAUUAUAUGGUCCUCGGCACCCUAGGGUUGGAGUAGUCUUGACUUGCUUGGCACUCAUGUUCCGGCAGAAAGCAACACAAGAGCACUCAAGCUCUCUCUUGAUUCAGGAGGGACUCUAUAGAAGAGCAAUCGAGUUGCUGAAAGUUCCAUCAGUUGAUUUUGAAGUUAAUCAAACAAUGGGAGCUUGGAGGGACAUCGCCGCCCUUGCACGAGCUGGCUACGCAGAAGCACUUAGUGUUCAAGAUAACAGAAAGAGUGAAGGAGAGAAGAUGAAAUGUUGGGCAGAAGCUCAUUGGAGAAACAGUCGCUUAUCUCUUGCCGAGGCACUAAGAGUCAAUGAAUCCUCCAACAGCGUUCCUGUUAUAGAUGCUCGAACUGGUAGAGCUCUGUAACUGUAAGGUCUUGUUUGAUAAGCAAAAGAAUAAAAGCUGGAUGCUGCUGUUGUACAUCAAAAUGAUACCAUUAAAGACAUCUAUAUGAACGUUGAAGAAAUAACCUCUUCUGUACUAACAAGUAAAAACACCCUUAUUGUACAUCCUCCCACAAAGUUGCAUCCUAAUUUGUUAAUCCGAAGUACAAAGGUGAGUCCCUUCUACAGAGGAAUGAAUAUCCAGACCCUUCCCGAUAUCAACUCCAAUCACUUCAAGUAUGGCUUCGUUAAUUAUCUGCAUUAUCAAAAUCAGAGCAGUCAGAAUUGGGGAAGUUCAUUUCUUUAUGCAGCCAAUCAUGGGGAGAGCGAACAAUGCUCUUGUUUACCAGUUCGUAAUACGACCCUAGGAGGGUUGUAAUCCAGAAUCGUGCAGCUAAGGAGUUCUCGAACCUUGGAUUAGACUCACUCGAACAAGAACUCCACAAAACAUGGUAUAGAAUUUGGUGUUGGGAUGGGAGUUUCAUGCAAUUCUCACAAAGGGAGAAAGGCUCGAGAACUAUGGGUAGAAGCCUGGCCACGAACACCGUGAUUAGCUGAACGAUACAAGCACUCGAUCGCUUGGAAAACCCUAAGCAACCAACUCAAUUCGUCAAGCAACAAGCAAGAUGAAUCAAAGCUUUACUUUGUAUUCGAUUGAUAAAAAAACUGAGUUGAAACGCAGUUGAAUGACCUUAAAUAGACCUAGGCUAGCUAACAAACUAAUACCAAGUUCCAAUCACAAACAAACUUGGAAAUUGAACUCAAAACAGAAAGGUAAAGAACCCUAGUCGCAAUCCUAAUCCGAAUAGGAUUCAGAUUCUUGAUCAAGCAAGGAAGUUUCUUCAGGCUUUGUACAAUCUUGCUGGCCCUCGUUCAAAGUCCUCUCUUUAUUCCAGUCAUCCAAUGCCUCUAGGUUGUAGUAGAAAUCCUCUAUUUUCAUGUUGUAUAGCCCUCUUGGAUAGAUUCCUCUCCAUCUUCCUUGAAGAAGCCAUCAAAGUCGGGUACUGAAACUAGUUCCGACACUUGGCCAAAUUUUGGUUGUUUUCCUGUUUUGAGGAAGGAUUUUGGUGAGCUUGGAAAAUGACCUUCCUGACUUCUCCUUGAGCUGGAGCUUGCAAAUGUAUAAAUAAACACUUAUUCUUGCAAACAAGCCAUGAAUCCCUCAUUUUCAUCGAUCCAUUUGUGUCGACGAAGCUUGUAAAUUUGGCUUCCUACAAAGUUAGAACACUUAAACAAUUUUCAGAUUGUUCCCUUUCACUUGCCCUUGCUUCUUUGACACUCAAUGGAGACUUGGAAAGCAAGUAAUUUGAGAUCAUAUUAGGCCCCCCUCUUCAAAAAAUUUUGCUCUCAAAACUUUGGCCUUUCGUUGCUCAAAUCGAUCACAGAAUUAAUCCCAAAUUGGAUCUGAAAAGGGCUGCUCAAACACGAAAUUCUGGAAAACUAGGUCAAUGUUCUUCAUGUGCGAAAUUGGAGCUUUCAAAUUCAGGAAUCCGUAGUGAAAUUCAAGGCCACCCAUGGCUUCAUCGUGCUUUGAAUUGAAGUUCUGGACGAGUCUCGUGAUUCGAAUCAUCGUUUUUGUCAACGAAUCGGCCCCAGUUUCUUUCUCGCUAUCGUCGUCAUUCAAACUCUCUAAACCCAGAAAGUUCAAUCGUGAUUGAUCCUAGAGCAUACCGUGAUCAUAUUGAAUGGUUCUGCAACAAGAUUGAAACACAUCACUCCCAAUUGUUCAAUCCCAUUCACUCAAUUUUUCUUCGAGUUCUUCGGGUUUCAGGGCACUUUCUGGUCGAAUUUUAUUAUGCAAUCCAAAUGAUUUAGUUCCAUUUCCACCAUCAUUUAAGUUUCCAGCGAUGAUUUGCAACGUGUUGUCGCUUUCCUCUUGGCUCGAAUCUCCUUCCACUAGUCUGGCCAAUAGACCCUCUCUCCUGCACUGCUCCGGCGAGACACAGCUUCAUCGUCGACGCGGAGUUUGCUUCUUCCUGAACCCAGUGAGCAUGAAGCAUCGGGUGAGGAGAAGAGUAGGACUAGAGCCCUCAGAUGAUUUUCCUUUUUAUCUUUAUUGGUUGGCCACCAUUUGUCGUCGAUCGUCCCGCACUUCCUCUAGCGUCAAUGAUUUCAGCACAAAUUUCUUUCCUUGGUGUCGGACCUGGUACCGGUUCCUUCUUCCAUCAUGGCUGACACCCCGAUCAAAUUGCCAGGGCCGUCCCAGCAAAACGUGAGUUGCAUGCAUCAGAGCUAUGUCAAAUUCCAACUCGUCCCUGUACUCUCCGAUUUGAAAGCCCACCUUCGCUCGUUUGGUCACUCGAAUUGCUUCGUUGUCGUUGAGCCAAUGUAGGUUAUAGGGAUCUGAAUGUCUCAACGUGCUCAAUCCGAGCUACUGAUGACGUUGGCGCAACUUCCCGUCAACAAUUUUCCAUUCACCUCACAUCGCGAGUGAAACGAGUUUCCCUCUAACCGAAAUCCGGCAAACUCUCUACGGUAAGGGCUCAGUGGCUGACUCCCAGUAUCUUUCUAGUUGGCGUUUACACCUUAAUGUGCUCGUCAACCCUCUCCUCGUCACCAGAAUCCGAUAGCUCGUCGUCGGUAACGUACUCACCAUCUUUGAGCACAAGUGUCUUCGAAUUGGGGCACUGAUUUGCCUUGUUUCCCCUUCCGUGACACUUAAAGAACUGGAUUCCUCCAGUUCUUUCUAUAGCAUCUAGGACAACUUUCUUAGUCGGAGCUUUGCUGGGUUCAGAGCCCACCUAUGGAGGAUUGGAAUCGGAAGUCAGCUCGGUCACUGGCUUGAUGGUCGAAGCAAACCGUCUGCGUGUAGUCUUCUGUUGCUUCUCGACCUUGCAAGGUGAAGGGCUUCCUCCAGAUCGAAAAACGAUCUAAGAUCCACUUCCUGUCGAAUCUCUCGAUUCAAACCAUGAAGAAAACGAGCUAUCGUUAGUUCCUGAUCUUCUCUUACGUUGGCACGCAUCAUUAGCAGCUCCAAAUCCUUGAAAUACUCCUCCACUGUUCAUGUUCCUUGUCUAAUCUGCUACAGAGACUCGUGCAAUUCCCUUUGAUACACUACAAGAAAAGGAGCAUUUAGCGACGAGCUUCUAAUGACAGCCAGCUUCAGCCGUCGCUAAUUGUAUUGAUUUGACGGAGCUUUGUGCCGUCUAGUCACCCGUCAGGAAACCCACUACUUUCAACUAAUCGGUGGGGUCCACAUAAUGUGUUUAUUUAUAUGUUUUAUUAACAUAUAUUAUUUUCAUUAUUGAUUUCUUCGAGACCCAUUUUAAUUUAAUUAUUUAUAAAAAGAUAAAUAGAAAAUGAACAUUUCCUCCUCCCAGACUCCAUUACGGGUUCGUGGCUUCGUGCUAUUUAUUUAUAUAUUCUUGACCUUUAACAAAUAAACAUUUAGUCAUUUACUUACUUAUAUAUUCUUUUUUUUUUGUGGCAAUGCGAUAUUCUCUUAUGAUUUAUAAACGUGAAUUAAAAAUUGCUCACAUAUUUAAGUUUCCUCUUCUGAAAGUAGAAAGCCCACCGCCCAAUUCUUACUAUUUUCUAUUUUCAAAAAGAAAAGAACAGAGAGUUCUUCAAUGGCACUUUCGAAACCCUAAUUCUCGAUGGCAAUUUCCAGUUCUCUAACAAUUCGUCAAUACCUGCCGACGUUGAUGCCGCCACCGGUACUCACGAUCUCCUUUAUUCACUCAUCUUACCUUGAUUUGGCAUGAUUCAUAAUCCUAGUUUCAUUUUCAAUUUAUCGCCCCGAGCUUUGUCGGCGUCAACACCGCCGGUGUCACCACAGUCUUCUCCGUUGUCUCUCCUCUUAGCUUGCUUCCGUUGUCGACAUUGCGGCUCUCUUUCACCGAUUCAUUAUUAUUAACAGACGUCGAGCUGAAUUUUCAAAUCUUCCUUCCCAGAGAAGGGUUGGGAGGAACGCGUGUUGAGUUCUUCAAGUCAGAUCCUAUCUCGGUAAUCCAGAAUACACUACAUGCAACUGGUAAGCAGAGAUCCAGACCUUCUAAUUAUUCCGUCGAUUUCAAUUUCAUAGUUGAAUUGAAUGUUAUGUGAAUUCGACGAAAUCUGUUCUUCUCCAUUGGAACUCUAAUUAUUUGGUCCACCAGCUAUUCGAUGAAUGUUCUCAGAGAACUAUCUAACUUCAAUUAAUAAGAGAAACCUUACAUGCUUGCUUCCAUUGUAUUUGUUUGCCAAUAUUUGAACUUGUCCACAAACAUCAGGUAGUUAUUUGCUGUAUAGAAGGAAUAAAGAAAGAAAUUAUCUUAUUCCCUGUUCAGUGCUCUCUGUAUACAUGGAUUAAACCUUGUCAUCUCCACUUCUAGCCUUUAGGCAGGCUUAAAGUAAUCAAUCAUUUUGAUCGUACUCCUUCUCAAUUUCUUUUUUUCUUGGGUUGGUUUCAUUUCUGGGUUCCUAUUUACCUAGUAGAAGUUCUUAUUGAAAGAAUAACUAAAAAUUUUCCUUGCUAAAGUUCCCAUUUAAACAAUAGCUCUUUCAUGAUUCAUAAUUCUUUAACUUGUGGGUGUCAAAUUUGCUCAGGAGAGAUACCCUCCUAUAGCUAUCCAUCUCUCCCAUCCACAGGCUGUGAGGGAAGGUGUGUAUGGUCAAUCUGAUAUAAUUAAUGGUGCUGGUAACCAAGUCUUAAGGGUGCUAACUUUGCUUACCGUGAGCAAGAAGUACGUACGGCUUUCAGAUCUCUCCGACCUCUAAGGGUGCUAGUAACUUUGCAUACUGUGAGCAAGUACAACUUUCAUAGCUCCAUGGCCUCUAACUGAAUUGAACAGUUAUUAUUUGCUUGCAGAUGAAUGAGGAUAACAGGAGGUGAAUUUCUCUCAAGCUGCUGAUGAGUGGAUUGAUUAGUCAGCAUGUUGUUCUCUGUUGCUGUCGGUUAACUUCUUCUCAUUCUUUAAGAGCAAGUCUUAUGCCUAAAAGUUCAGUUUAAUUUCCUGUGCUGGAACCAAACUCCGUGGUUCCCAUGAACUACUUUAUGCUGGUUAAGUUUCCAUUUGCUCAAAACCCAAGUAUUGAGUACCCAUUCUGAGCUAGUUAGCUAUCUUUGAUGUUGAUGUGAAGGGAUGGAUGAGCAAUGGUGUUAUGUACUUAUGUAGACUGAAGGGGCUAAAUUAGAAGUGUACUCAGUUCUUGGUGUUGAGAAUACAAAGGGGCUAAAUUUGCAAUGGUGUUAUGUACUUAUGUAGACUGAAGUGAAGAGAAGAUAGACUAGUAGUCCUGUUUUAGAGUUAUCAUGAAUAGAAACUGCAAUACCUAGCCGUGACUUGCUGAGGUGUGAAUUCCAUGAAGGGAAUAUAGAAUUGAUUUGUGGCUCAGCACUUAGACAUAGAAUUUUAAAUUCCUGUUUUCUAGAACCCUUUAGUGGCUUGCCAAGACCUGUUUAUUGCAUGCCAGAAUAAACACAGCCCGUGAUUCAGUAGCGUACUAAUGCAUGAAAUUCUUGAGAUAGAUCAUGUUAUUGUAUUUAGAUACCUACUUCCUUUCCAUUGUUUUGCCAAGAUGUGACAAUGAUUAAAUUACUUUCGUAAAUUCCAGUAAGAUCUGCAGGCUGCAUUAGAGUUUGAAAAAUUGAAAGUGAUGUUUUCAGUUGAUGAUGAUCAAGGAACAAUGGAGAAGGAAGGUCAAGAUGGAAAUCAAAUCUGCUGUCCAAUUAUUUGUUGUACAUAAAGGUAGCAGAACUUAAUAAGUCUGUGGACUCCUGAUCUUAGGGAUUCUCUUCUUAUUGAUUGAGUGUUGCUUGGUUUGUAUUUCGCAGAAGCAAAAGUGCGUGCACGGGAAGAUCUUGUUGCAGAAUUCAAGAUGCAACCUUAGGUAUGUUCCUUCCUUCCCCGUGCACCCUACCCAGAGCGUUUGUUUUGCUGCUCUGGGAGUUAGAUUUAGGUGCUGGGCAUCUUUAGUAAGAUUUUGAGUGCUGGAUUUGUUAUUAAGUUUUAAGAUGGCUUUUAUCGGAAACUUCAGGGGAAGGCAUCUUGUAGCUGUAAGGCAUUCUAGCAUCAAAGGUGGAAUGGAACUUCAAAUUCAGAGGUAGGCACACAAGCAAGUUUUUAUUUGUUAUGUUGGGUGGUGGUAGCCGUUGAUGCACGCUUGCCCUGUUUAUCGAAUAGAUACUGCAAUGGCAUCGUAGGAGUCUACCAACGUUGUGACAAUGGGUAUUUGAUUUGGUUUUAAUUCUAGAUUCAUUCUGGUUAAUGUUUUGUCUGGAGAAUGGUCUUUUUGUAGACUGUAGACAGUAUUGCAAUUACCUAUGAGUAUAUAACCCUUGGAUUACGAGUAAAGAGUAUCUAACCCUUGGAUUACUUAUGAAGUGUGCAUAAGUUAGAGUGAUUUUUUUUUCUAUGGGGAACUAACCAUGAUUUAUUUUUAUUUCAUUGAUUAAUAGUUAAGCAUCAAAUGCUGCCUAACCAUAGCUAUUUCCUUGUGAAGCUGAGGAUAACCACUACAACUUCCAAGAGAGCCAGACUUUGAAACAGCACACAGAGCACACAGGACAAGGUUUUUCCUUUAAAUAUAAAGUUCAAGUUGUUUUUAUACAUGUUUUGAUUUCCUUUUAAACAUGUUUAAUUUCAUUGGAUAUUAUCCUGGUUGACUUCCUGAGUUUGCAGAUCCAAAAUAUGCAGCUAAAGAUGGAUGUGAAACCCUAAGAUGAUCUAAUUCUAUGAGCAUUCCCAAGGGAGAUAAACAGCUUCGUAUUCUAUUUAUUGGUGAGCUUGAUCUACUAGUGAUAAUCAGUACUAGAUAUGUUCGUACAGUCACUGUUUAGUUGAAAGUUGUUAUGUAUAGGCUUAGUCAAUUCCCAUCACAGCCCCAUAGUUAGUACUUGAUAUUUUCUUUUGGAUGAAUAUGAUCUUGUGCUGGGUUUUGCUGAUUUUAUUUGAAAAUUGGGUUUAAAAUUGCAGGAGAAACCACCAUACCUACAUCUCUAGUACAGAGAAAGGAAGGCUUACAACAAUGGAAUAGGUUGAUAUCUUGUAUGUUCUGGAUUCCCUUAUCAUUUUGAUUAUUUUUUUCAAGUUUGUUCUUGUUUCUCUUGAUUAUGACUUGACUGUUCGAACGUAGAUGUUUAUGCAAACCCAUUGGGGGAUUCAUUACCUUGCUACUAUACCACUACCAUGUUUGAUUUUGCAGCACCCUUUUUCAAACCCACGAAUUCACUGCCUAGACUUGCUCAUAUUAUUACCCUACUUACUCAGUCUGUGUUAGUCACUCAUCAGGAAAUUUAUGUUGUCUAAUUUUGAAGGGUUCCCUCCUCCUAGCUAAACUGUAGUUUCCAUUUGUUAUAUAUUUCAGGGUCUUUGUACAGACUUAUCAACUCAGAUUGCUUCCUCAGCUUCCUGCCAAGACAUGAAGGUAAACUGAAUUGCAUUCAUCUUCUAAUGAAUGUUAUCCUACAAAAACAGCUCUUAGUUCAUUGAGUAAGAGAUCGCAAUUUGCAGAUUCUUGAGGCUCCUUCAUUAUUUAUCUAAAAAAAAAAGGUACUCCAUGGUACUCUGCGUUUCAAGUGAGUUCUCUACUUAUCUUCUAUAUUUCCUUUUUAUGCUUUUUUUGUUCAAGUGUUUGCCUGAUUUUAAUUCAUACUCGUUGCUUUGCAGAAAUCUCACCUGAAUAAAUGAGAGAGGACCAUGUAGCAUAAUUUUUCAAUUUCAUCUUCCUCACUUCAGUGCACCGACUGUAAUCAGGUAAACAUGUUUAAAUUUCUUAUUAUGAUUCAAGUUGAAACAAUCUAAUAGUAAGGUUUGUUCUGAGUGGUAGGAUGUUGUGUAGUUACUCUACUAUUUCAUGACAAAUUGUCUCUUUUUUUUGGCAUGGCAUGGACAAGCAGGCUACUGUUCGUGUUUCAUAAAUGGGAAGGAGAGAAUCCAGAAGGUUAUAGGAUAUUUGAAGAAGGGAAAAAAAUAUGGGAUCAUUUAACACUGUUUUGAAGAAUCGAGGUGUAGGAGUGCUUUCUAAAAAGCUGUUUAUCUUUUCAUGUUUGAAUGCAGGUACUUUCAAGCAAAGAAGACAUUGGCGUAUUUCGAAACAACAAGCAGAAAAUGACGGUCUCCGUGGUAGUUCAUUCAUCUUCAUAAAUAUCUCUAAUAACUUCCAGUUUUGAUGGUUGAUUACUUAGGUAAUUAAGUGAUCUGAAUGGG